CAGUAACACGCUGGUUGUCAACAUCCAAAGCCAAGUAGAACGACGACACAGCAGCAGCACUGAGCAUACUUUGCUGGAAGUUGGUCAACUGCUACAGCUUGAUGCUUCCCAGCGUCCUCCGCUGUGCUCGGCCCGUAUCCUCCCAUCCUGCUUUAACCCGUCCCUUUGCCCACUUCAGACCACAUAUGGACCCAGACCCCAGCCGGCCCGUUCAAAGGGCUAUCACGACCAAACUGACCGACGCGCUGAAGCCAGACCACUUAGAAGUCCAAAAUGAAAGCCACAUGCACGCCGUGCCCCCCGGUUCGGAAUCCCAUUUCCGUGUCCUUGUUGUCAGCUCCAAAUUUGAGGGCCUGCCGCUGAUUCAGCGUCACCGCCUGGUUAACGAAGCUUUGAAGGAGGAGCUAAGUAGCUGCGUUCAUGCACUGGCGAUCCAAGCAAAGACUCCUGAGCAGUGGCAAAGUAACCCUACCGUGGCUAAGAGUCCGCCCUGCUUGGGAGGUUCGAAAGGUGAUCACACAGUGGAGGAGAAGUUAAAGGCUGGGCGAGAAUGAAGUGUUGGACUGUGAAGUACUUUCACUUGUGCUGAGGGACUGAAAUGUGAAGACUACAGGAAGAUACUUGACAAGUAUAAAGAGCAGCAUUUCCUCUUUUAUUUGAAGAUCAUUUUGUUGUGGUCUUAUUUCCAAAUCUUUUCUUUAAUUCAUUAAUAAUGCAAAAAUUGGUUUGAAUGGUUCUGUUGUUAUAAAACUGCAUAUCAAUUAUAUGAUUUUAGAUGGUCACAGGUGUUUUUAUCAUCCAGGUGCUGCAUGAAUACAAUGCAGGGAUGCACUCUUCUUCUUUAAGCUACUGUAUGGUUUUAUUUUUGUUUGAUUUGUGCUCAUAGCGUUUAGUGAUUUUUAGAGUCAGUAGAAAUCUAAAUUUCAGGAAAGCCCCUAUUUGCCUGUAUACUUGCAUUUACUUAGUCACCUCUUAGAAUAAAGCGAUGCUUGCAUUGCUGUGAGUGACAAUAAAGAGUGAUAUUACAGUUCCA